UUUCUCCUCCAUUCGCGCAUUCUGUCAAUCUCCCAAUUUUGAUAAAUUUUAUUUUUUUAUAACUAACUGAUUGUUUAUUAUUGACUAUUGAGGAUGGAAGUUCAUCCCGUCUGCACGAAAGUCCAGGAAAAAUCGAGUACUCCCUAUUAUCGGUCGAAAGGAUGUCCAGCCCCACGUCCUGGUGCAAAAUGCAGGAGUUAUUACAUUCAGCCCCCGCGUGUUCAAUCUUUCGCCCCGAAACGAUCGUUUUGUCCUCCGGAAGUGACUCUCGACACGACAACAACGUAUCAUACGUCUUACCUGAACAACAAGAGCGAUAAGUACUCGAGAUUAGCCCCAAUUCGACCGUCUGAAAAUUUACAUACGUCUAACGAGAGAUUUCACGAUGGCACCACAUCCCGGAUGAGUUAUAAACCCGUGUGGGAAGUGGUUAAGGCAAAGCCUGUGGUCCCCCUCCCAAGGCGGAACAUGUUCGAGGGUCCCAUGCAGACGACGACGACUGUCAAGCAGGACUUCUGCGAGAAAUACAUUGACAAAGCCCAGCUGAUAAUUCCCUGCGGAAAUAUAAGAACGUCCCGGGCUCGUUUCGACGGUGAAACAACCAGCGGAUUUUCCUAUCUUGCUCCAGGACCCGUCGACCAAAUCCAGAGCUUCAAACCGAUCAACAAAUACUGCGAACCCGAACAGAAGCUCUCGAAUGAGACGACCACCAAAUUGAGUUAUCCACCGGUCCAAGUUCUCCCGAGGGAGUUCCACCCUUGGGCCCAAAAACCUAAAUACACCCGAUCGAAUGUCGCGAUGGACGCCUGCACCACGUACUCGAACAGCUUUUUGACGGAAUCCAACGUUCCCAUGAGAGAAAAGCCAAUUGUCCCGGUUGGAAAUAAAAACCUGAUCCAAGGGGACGACGCAAUCUUCAGGGGAAAUACCCAUUACAGCGAGAUCUUCGUGCCCCACAGGAAUGAACGCGUAGCACCGAUAAUUCCCUGCAAAAAUAUCGCACUAUCCGAUCAAAAAAUGGCACAUCACACAACAUCACAAUUGAGCUAUCAAGUGGUAAAUUGUGAGAAACGCAACCCCAUCCGUCCCAAGGAGAGGAGCAUCCUGAGUGCUGAAGGACCAAUCCCCUCGAAUACCACCAAUCGCGAUGAUUUCGGGCCGAAAAUUACUGAUAAGCCCUCAGCGAUUGUUCCCUGUGAUAAUAUUCAUAAUUCCAAAGCUCCACUCGAGGCCUCGACGACGUCACAAUUCUCGUACAUGAAUCCGGGAAGGGUGACACCUCUGGAGAGCUUCAAACCUCUGGCUCGUUAUAAUAUACCAACGUCCAAACUAGACACGGACACAGUAAAUAAGCUCUCCUUCAAGACCUGGAAUCUGGAGCCAAAAGCCUCUCUCCCAUGGGCUCAAAAGGUGAAAUACCAGACGCCAACAAGCCGUAUGCAAGGAGAAUCCACGUAUCUAAACAGUUUUCCACCUCCUGGUGAAUUCAUCGAGGAGUGCGAUGCCCCAGAGAGUUGCACUCCAGCCCCCGACCUCCAACAAUAAAAAUAAACCACCAAAACCCAAAAAAAAAUCAAAUAGCAGUGAAUAUUUCUUUAAUCCUUCUUAGUAACAUAAUUACAUUGCGAGCAAUGAUACAUCAUCAACAUCGUACAACCACCGUAAUUAAUCCACGAGAAAAAUAAGAGAAAAAAAAAUAAUAAUCACAAAGUUAGUUUACAAUGGCGAUGAUCACUCGUCACCAAAAUCAUCAAAAUGUCAAUUAAAAUCUAUUGCAACUCGAUUCGUCGCAGAAAAACUUAAAAUACAAUAGUGUAAUUGGCGAAAAGAUUAUUGGAACAUUCUUUCGUCCCAUUAGCCCCUCAUUGAUUAUUUACAGGCCUUAAUGGAUCAUAGCAACGCGAAAUUAGUUGUUAUAAAAUAAUAACGAUACCAUUAUUUAAGAGGAUAGCAAGGGAUAAGAAUGCUUCAACUCUUUUAUACAAUACCAACAAAUAUUCCACUCUCUGCAUUACUCCACCGUAAGCUAAAUCUUUAAUCUAAGGCACCCUGGUGACUAAGGAUUACGUCGGUUUAUGCUCAAUGUCUCAAAACAUCUAGACGUUGAAUUAAAAUACAUCCAGACAUCGAGUCUCAUCAUUAAAACAUGGUCUCAGCAUUUCUAGGCGCAUAAAAUAUAAAUCACUUAUUUGAUAAAAAUAAAUGUUUCUGGGGUUGGGGGAUAAAAUGAUAAAUGAUUCGAGAAGAAUUCGUUGGAAAAUAAGGAUGAACUUCUACAUCGUAAAUGAAGUUACUUAACCUAGGGCUACGGUGUUAUGAGUAAGCAAUGGGAUAAUUAAUUAUUGUUUCUUAGGGUAGAUUGUGUAGUAUACUAUCCUUUGGGACGCUAAAAUGUGAUUGACACUCGUUACGAAAUAGUGAUAAUUGAAGAGCAACGGUGUGGGAUUAUCUUUCGCUACAUCAUCUUUUUUGUUACUCUACUUUGAGUUGUACUUAAUAUACUCCUUAAAUGUGGAAAAUAUAAAUCAACUAUAUAAAUACAAUGAAAUAGAUAUUUAACAAGUAACAAAAGCACUUAAUUUUGUCAUUGCACUUGGGGGAAACAGUAUUAAAUCAAGGAAUUAAAAUAAUCGAGUACCUCGAGGCCAAAUGGUGCGAUUUGGACGAGAUCUUGUUUCAAAUGUUGAAAAAAUUCGUGGAAAAAAAAAACGUAAUCGGAUAAUCCUCUGGCAUUUUCCCCCUUAUCACCUCAAUAAUCCUCACUCAAUUUCAAUCUUCAACUCUUCAGCUCGUCAUCCACUACUUUCCCACCCAAUCCACCUUAAACUCUUAAAUUUAAACAGUCAUCAAAAAUAUGUAAAUAUGUCUGCAUCCAUCAAAUGCGUUUACAAUAAUUACAU